AUGUCUGCUGCCACCUCCGCUGAAAUGAUCGAAACUCCCCCGGUCCUCAACUUCGAAGAAAUUGACUACAAGGAGAUUGAGGUGGAAGAGGUUGUUGGAAGAGGAGCCUUUGGUGUGGUCUGCAAGGCAAAAUGGCGAGGAAAAGAUGUAGCCAUUAAACAAAUAGAAAGUGAAUCUGAAAGAAAGGCCUUCAUUGUGGAGCUUCGACAGUUGUCACGUGUGAACCAUCCUAAUAUUGUCAAGUUAUAUGGAGCCUGUCUGAAUCCAGUGUGUCUUGUUAUGGAGUAUGCUGAAGGAGGUUCUCUGUACAAUGUGCUGCAUGGUGCUGAGCCUCUGCCUUAUUAUACUGCUGCACAUGCAAUGAGUUGGUGUUUACAAUGUUCCCAAGGAGUGGCAUAUCUCCACAGCAUGAAACCAAAGGCUCUAAUUCACAGGGACCUGAAACCGCCAAACUUGCUGUUGGUAGCUGGGGGGACAGUUCUAAAAAUCUGUGACUUUGGUACAGCCUGUGAUAUUCAAACACACAUGACCAACAAUAAGGGAAGUGCUGCCUGGAUGGCACCUGAAGUUUUUGAAGGUAGCAAUUACAGUGAAAAAUGUGAUGUAUUCAGUUGGGGUAUUAUUCUUUGGGAAGUGAUCACCCGUAGGAAACCUUUUGAUGAGAUUGGUGGCCCUGCUUUCCGCAUAAUGUGGGCAGUUCACAAUGGUACUCGGCCACCGCUGAUCAAAAAUUUACCUAAACCUAUUGAGAGUUUAAUGACUCGUUGUUGGUCUAAGGAUCCUUCACAACGACCUUCCAUGGAAGAAAUUGUCAAAAUAAUGACACAUUUGAUGCGGUACUUUCCAGGAGCUGAUGAACCUCUGCAGUAUCCUUGUCAGUAUUCAGAUGAAGGCCAGAGCAACUCUGCCACUAGUACAGGCUCGUUCAUGGACAUGACUUCUACAAACACCAGUAACAAGAGUGAUGCUAACAUGGAACCAAGUGACUUUCAAGGAACUGCUACCAAUGAUACCAUUAAACGCUUAGAAUCAAAACUGGCACAGCAAAUGAAAAAUUCAGCGAAGCAGUCGGGUGACCCUGGCCGUUUGAGUUUACCUCCAUCUCGCGGGAGCAGCGUGGAAAGCUUAUCAGAUGUUCGUGGACGACCACAGUCAACUCUUGUUUCAGGAGAAGGCAAGAGGAUGAGUGCUGACAUGUCUGAAAUAGAAGCAAGAAUUACCGCUACCAUAGCCUAUUCCAAGCCUAAACGGGGCCAUCGUAAAACUGCUUCAUUUGGCAACAUUCUGGAUGUCCCUGCAAUCAUCAUACCAGCAGGAAACGGACAACAGAGGCGGAGAUCCAUUCAAGACCUUAGUAUUGCUGGAACAGAAUCCAAUCAGGAGAGCAGAAACAGCAGUAGGUCAUCUAGUCCUAGUGUGAGAAUGAUCACUACCCCAGGACCAACCUCUGAAAAGCCAGCUCGUAGUCUUCCAUGGACACCUGAUGAAUCUACAGAUACCAAUGGGUCAGAUAACUCCAUCCCAAUGGCAUAUCUUACACUAGAUCACCAGUUGCAGCCUCUAGCACCAUGCCCAAACUCCAAAGAAUCUAUGGCUGUAUUUGAACAGCACUGUAAAAUGGCACAAGAAUAUAUGAAAGUUCAGACUGAAAUUGCAUUGCUGUUGCAGAGAAAACAGGAGCUAAUAGCAGAACUGGACCAGGAUGAGAAAGACCAGCAAAAUACAUCCCGUCUGGUACAAGAACAUAAAAAGCUUUUAGACGAAAACAAAAGUCUUUCGACUUACUACCAGCAAUGCAAAAAACAGUUAGAGGUCAUCAGAAAUCAGCAACAGAAACGACAAGGCACAUCAUGAUUCACUGGGACCUUUCAAAUCAAAAAUAUGCACAGAAAAGACUUUUGUAUUACCCCUUAUUAUGACAGCUCAUGAGUGUUAGCUUCUUGAUGUGUUCAGAAUGCCUAUAUUUGUCUGCUGCACUUAGAACGUCAUUUAUUUUCCUUUUCUUAUGGUGGACAUUCAGUUCACCAGGUUUAUUGAAUGAGGUGGGAGAACAGUGACUUGAAUUAAUCACCAGCACUCAGCUUACACAAAUACAGUGAACUGUGGCUGUACACAUGCUCAGUGUGUGAAGGCUAGCCUCAACAAAAGCAUUAAAAUGGCUGCUAAAUUGUAAGAUCUUGUUUUAAUUUCUGAUGUUACCUCAAUAAGAGCAAAACAAAAACUUCUGUUUUAGAAUGGUUUUGUUCUUGUCUCAUCUCAAACAAAUUUACAAUGACAGUCAUUUUCUCAUGCACCAUGCUGCAGAGCUGAUGUUGAUUGACCAGAGUAAUUCAUGAUGCAUUAGUGAUGCCUUUUCCCUUAGAUUUAGUGCAUUUUUCCACAUGCAAAAUGGUAGUCAGACUGAUGCCAACAUCACUGGUUCAGUGCUUGAUAGCCCUGCAUUUUGACUAAUAUAAUUCUUGUAAUCUUGCAUUCAUAAAAUAUUUGAAGCAAAA